GAAGAAGAAGAAGAAGAAGAAGAAGAAGAAGAAGAAGAAGAAGAAGAAGAAGAAGAAGAAGAAGAAUUAUCUCAUUCUGAAGCCACCGGGGUGAUUUCUGCUGGUUCUACUGGUUCAUCUGGUUCCUGCUGGUCUUGUCUGGUCUUGUCUGGUCCUGGUCUGUUAACAGGUUCGGGUCAGAUGCCGGGCUUUCAGUUCUCAGGUUCUCAGGAGGAGGUGGUCCCAGCUCCAAAGGUCCUGGUUACUGGGGCGACAGGCCUUCUGGGUCGGGCCAUGUGCAAAGAGUUUCAGAAUGGCGGCUGGUUGGUCAUUGGGACUGGAUACAGGAGAGCCAGGCCCCGCCUCCUCCGCUGUGACCUCAAUGAUGAGGACGCCGUCAGAGGACUAUUGCAUGAGUACAAGCCUGAUGUGAUCGUCCACUGUGCCGCUGAGAGACGUCCAGAUGUUGUGGAGAGACACACAGAGGCAGCUGUCAAUCUGAACGUGCACGCCACGAGCACGCUCGCCAAAGAGGCAGCUGUGUGUGGAGCUCUGUUCAUCUACAUCAGCACCGACUACGUGUUCGACGGCAGGAAUCCUCCGUACGGAGAAGACGACUCUCCCAAUCCUCUCAACGUCUACGGACGAAGCAAACUGGAGGGGGAGAGGGAGACACUGAGACACUGUCCAGGUGCGGUGGUGCUCCGGGUGCCCGUUCUCUUCGGGGAGGUGGAGUCGGUGGCAGAAAGCGCCGUGACGUCACUGUGGCUGAAAGUUCAGGAGGAGAGCUGCACCCUGGAUCACUGCCAGCAGAGGUUCCCCACUGACACCCGGGAUGUCGCCGCCGUCUGCCGGAAACUGUCCGAGAGAGCAAGGCAGGACUCGUCCAUCAGAGGAAUCUUCCAUUUCUCUGGUAAACAGCAGAUGACCAAGUUUGAGAUGGCCGUAACGAUCUCCCAGGCCUUCAGCCUGCCGUCCAAUCACCUCAUCCCUCUGACGGAGCAGCCGGCCGCCUCAGCUCCUCGUCCAAUCAACAGCCAGCUGAACUGUUCUCGUCUAGAGUUGCUGAACCUGAGUGUCGAGCCGCAACCGUUCGCUUCCGCCAUCAGCGACUGUCUGUGGCCAUUCACGCCGGACAAACGCUGGAGACAGACGGUGUUCCACUGAGACACAGACAGGUGGAGAGACAGACAGGUGGUCUAGAUGUUCAUGUAUGUUCAACCUGUUGAUGUACUGAAGUUAAAUCUUUGUUCCCUGAAUUCCGUCUGCAGGAAUCUGCACUGCUGAUGCUAUUAUCAAAAUAAAACUUGUUGGUUGACGAUGUGUGGAAACACUAGUGUAGAAUCUGAAUGACAAACUGAGACCAGAUUAAUAUAAAAUAUUUACCGUACACCUCGCUGUUAUAUAUAUUAUUAUUAUUAUUAUUAUUAUUAUUAUUAUUAUUAUUAUUAUUAUUAUUAUUAUUAUACUAUUUUCUAUAUAUGUGUUGGGCAUUCGGUUUUAUCAUCUCUUAUGCCAGAGGUCGGUGGUUUGAAUUUACUUUGUGAAAAACAUUUGAUCUGUCAAAAUAGAAUCGAACCAAACAAUAAAUGUUCAACAGAAAUAGAAAGUUGAGACUGAAUAAAAGUUACUGAAUCAAAAAAAUUAUUCUGAAAAAGUCAUCAUUCAAACAAAAGAUUUGUAUGAUCAUAUGAAGUUUUGACAGUAGUUUUGGGCUGAAGCACUCGGUGAUGCUGCUGAUUCAUCAUUCCACAUAAAAACAGAACAUUAGCUUCAGCUAGCGUCAGUGAUAUUUCUAAUCAUAACUUUAAAAACUGAUUUUGUGAAUAAAAGGAACAUUUUGAAAGUAAUUAGUUGAUAUGAUUAAGAUCUACAGUGUUCUCUGGAGGACAAACAAGCUGUUUUCAGAACUGCAUCUGAUGUGAAGGUUGAAGUUUCAACAUGUGGUUCUGCUAUUCGACUGUAAAUUAACAUUAAAAAUGGGAAAAGCUGAA